UUCUCCAACGAAGAUUAAGUACAUUAAGAACGAAUUUGGGUGGAUUUCUUCCGCGUCCAGUUUUGGCAGAUUCCAAAGGGGUACCAUCACAGAUUUCUGACGAUUUUUUCGAAAUGCGGUUUUCUUUUAAUUUUGGAGGCUACAAUUGACGGAUUCAGUCUGAGGCUAUUCUCCACCGAUAAUGAAGUCUAUUGAUCCUAUUCUCCACCAAUGAUUAAGUUCAUAAACCCUAGAAUUGGACUAAUUUAUUUUAGGAAGGCAUAUUCGUAAUUCUUGGGCAAUUUUUUCCGAAAGUCAAUUUUCCUUGGAUUUUGAAUGCUACAGAUCACAGAUUCGGCCUUACGGUAUUCUCCAACACCGAUCAUGUCCAUUAAGCACGAAUUUGGGCGGAUUUCUUCCGGGUCCAUUUUUGGCAGAUUCCAAAGGGGUACCAUCACAGAUUUCAGGCGAUUUUACCGAAAUCCGAUUUUCUUUUGAUUUUGGAGGCUACAGAUGACGGAUUCUGUCUGAGGCUAUUCUCCACCGAUAAUGAAGUCUAUUGAUCCUAUUCUCCACCAAUGAUUAAGUCCAUAAAGCACAUAAUUGAACCAAUUUAUUUUGGGAUGGCAUUUUCGUAAUCCUUUGCUCGAUUAUUUUUUAAAUGUCAUUUUCCUUGGAUUUUGAAGGCUAAAGAUUACGGAUUCGGGCUUAGGGAAUUCUUCAAUGACGAUUAAGUUGAUUAAGCACGGAUUUGGGCGGGUUUCCUCUAGGUCCAUUUUUGGCAAAUUCCAAAGGGGUACCAUAACAGAUUUCGGGCGAUUUUUCUGAAAUGCCGUUUUCUUUCUAUUUUGGAGGCUACAGAUGACGGAUUCAGUUUGAGGUUAUUCUCCACCGAUAAUGAAGUCUAUUGAUCCUAUUCUCCACCAAUGAUUAAGUCCAUAAAUCACAUAAUUGGAUCAAUUUAUUUAGGAAUGGCAUAUUCGUAAUUCUUGGCUAUUUUUUUUCGAAAGUCCAUUUUCCUUGAAUUUUGAAUGCUAUAGAUCACAGAUUCAGCCUUAGGGUAUUCUUCAAUGACGAUUAAGUAUAUUAAGCACAGAUUUGUUCGGAUUUCUUCCGGGUUUAUUUUUGGUAGAUUCCAAAAGAGGUACCAUCACAGAUUUCAGGCGAUUUUUCCGAAAUGCGGUUCUCUUUUUGAUCUUGGAGGCUACUAAUGACCGAUUCCGUCCGAGACAAUUUUCCACCGAUAACGAAGUCUAUUGAUCCUAUUCUCAGCCAAUGAUUAUAUCGAUAAAGCACAAAAUUGGACCAAUUUAUUUUGAGAUGGCAUAUUCGUAAUUCAUUGGAGAUUUUUUUUCGAAACUCCAUUUUCUAUGGCUUUGGAAGGUUACAGAUCACGGAUUCGGCCUUAGGGUAUUCUUCAACGAUGAUUAAGUCUAUUAAGCACGUAUUUGUUCGGAUUUCUUCCGGGUCCAUUUUUGGCAGAUUCCAAAGGGGUACCAUCACAGAUUUCGGUCGAUUUUUCCGAAAUGCGGUUUUCUUUUGAUCUUGGAGUCUACUAAUGACCGAUUCCGUCCGAGGCUAUUCUCCACCCAUAAUAAAGUCUAUUGAUCCUAUUCUCCACCAAUAAUUAAGUUCAUAAAGCACAUAAUUGAACCAAUUUAUUUUGGGAUAGCAUAUUCGUAAUUCUUGUGCGAUUUAUUUUCGAAAGUUCAUUUUACUUGGAUUUUGAAGGUUAUAGAUUACAGUUUCAUCAUUAGGGUAUUCUCAAAGACGAUUAAGUAAAUUAAGAAAGAAUUCAGGCGGAUUCCUUCCGGGUCUAUUUUUCGCAGAUUCCAAAGGGUACCAUCACAGUUUACGGACGAUUUUUUUGAAAUGCGGUUUUCUUUUGAUUUUGGAGGCAACAGAUGACGGAUUCAGUCUGAUGCUAUUCUCCACCGAUAAUGAAAUCUAUUGAUCUUAUUCUCCACCAAUGAUUAAGUUCGUAAAGCACAUAAUUGAACCAAUUUAUUUUGGGAUUGCAUUUUCGUAAUCCUUUGCUCUAUUAUUUUUUUAAUGUCAUUUUCCUUGGAUUUUGACGGCUACAGAUUACGUAUUCGGCCUUAGGGAAUUCUUCAACGACGAUUGAGUUGAUUAAGCACGAAUUUGAGCGGAUUUCUUCCGGGUCCAUUUUUGGCAAAUUCCAAAGGGGUACCAUCACAGAUUUCGGGCGAUUUUUCUGAAAUGUCGUUUUCUUUCGAUUUUGGAGGCUACAGAUGACGGAUUCAGUUUGAGGUUAUUCUCCACCGAUAAUGAAGUCUAUUUAUUCUAUUCUCCACCAAUGAUUAAGUCCAUAAAACACAGAAUUGGAUCAAUUUAUUUAGGAAUGGCAUAUUCGUAAUUCUUGGCGAUUUUUUUUCGAAAGUCCAUUUUCCUUGGAUUUUGAAGGCUACAGAUCACAGAUUCGGCCUUAGGGUAUUCUUCAACGACGAUAAGUCUAUUAAGCACGGAUUUCUUCGGAUUUCUUCAGGGUCAAUUUUUGGUAGAUUUAAGUCUGGAAGUCUAUUGAUCUUAUUCUCCAUGGAUUAUAAGUCCGUUAAGCAUCGAUUUGGGCCAAUUUAUUUUCGAAUAGCAUUUUCGUAAUUUCUUGGGCGACGAAAGGCCAUUUUCUUUGAAUAUUGAAGGCUACAUAUCACGGAUUGGGACUGAGGCUAUUCUCCAACGAUGAUUGAGUCCAUUAAGCACCGAUUUGGGCGGAUUUAUUUUGGGUCAAUUUUUGACAGAUUCCAAAGGGGUACUAUCACAGAUUUCGGGCGAUUUAUCCGAAAUGCCAUUUUCUUUCAAACAGAUCACGGAAUCCGGCCGAGGCUAUUCUCCACCGAUAAUGAAGUCUAUUGAUCCUAUUCUCCACAUAUGAUAUGUCCGUUACGCAUCGAUUUGGGCCAAUUUAUAUUCGAAUGACAUUUUCGUAAUUUCUUGGGCGACGAAAGGCCAUUUUCUUCGGAUAUUGAAGGCUACAGAUCACGGAUUCGGCCUGUGGCUAUUCUCCAACGAUGAUUGAGUCCAUUAAGCACCGAUUUGGGAGUAUUUAUUUUGGGUCAAUUUUUGACAGAUUCCAAAGGGGUACCAUCACAGAUUUCGUGCGAUUUAUCCGAAAUGCCCUUUUCUUUCGAUUCUAGGGGCUACAGAUCACGGAAUCAGGCCGAGGAUAUUCUCCACCGAUAAUGAAGUCUAUUGAUCUUAUUCUCCACUGAUGAUAAGUCCAUUAAGCAUCGAUUUGGGCCAAUUUAUUUUCCAAUGGCAUUUUCGUUAUUUCUUGGGCGACGAAAGGCCAUUUUCUUUGGAUAUUGAAGGCUACAGAUCACGGAUUUGCCCUGAGACUAUUCAGCAACGAUGAUUGAGUCCGUUAAGCACCAAUUUGGGCGGAUUUAUUCCGGGUCAAUUUUUGGCAGAUUCCAAAGGGGUACCAUCACAGAUUUCAGGCGAUUUAUCCGAAAUGCCAUUUUCUUUCGAUUCUGGAGGCUACAAAUCACGGAAUCAGGCCUAGGCUAUUCUCCACCGAUAAUAAAGUCUUUUGAUCCUAUUCUCCACGGAUGAUAAGUCUGUUAAGCAUCGAUUUGGGCCAAUUUAUUUUCGAAUGCCAUUUUCGUAAUUUCUUGGGCGACGAAAGGCCAUUUUCUUGGGAUAUUGAAGGCUACAGAUCACGGAUUCGGCCUGAGGCUAUUCUCCAACGAUGAUUGAGUCCAUUAAGCACCGAUUUGGAUGGAUGUAUUCCGGGGCAAUUUUUGGCAGAUUCCAAAAGGGUACCAUCACAGAUUUCGGGCGAAUUAUCCAAAAUGCCAUUUUCAUUCGAUUCGGGAAGCUUCAAAUUACGGAAUCAGGCCGAGGCUAUUAUCCACUGGUAAUGAAGUCUAUUGAUCCCAUUCUCCAUGGAUGAUAAGUCCGUUAGCAUCGAUUUUGGCCAAUUUAUUUUCGAAUGGCAUUUUCAUAAUUUCUUGGGCGACGAAUGCCAUUUUCUUUGGAUAUUGAAGGCUACAGAUCACUAAUUCGGCCUGAGGCUAUUCUCCAAUGAUGAUUGAGUCCAUUAAGCACCGAUUAGGGCGGAUUUAUUCCGGGUCAAUUUUUGAUAGAUUCGAAAGGGGUACCAUCACAGAUUUCGGGCGAUUUAUCCGUAAUGCGAUUUUCUUUCGAUUCUGGAGGCUACAGAUCACGGAAUCAGGCCGAGGCUAUUCUUAGCCGAUAAUGAAGUCUAUUGAUCCUAUUCUCCACGGAUGAAAACCCCGUUAAGCAUCGAGUUGGGCCAAUUUAUUUUCGAAUGGCAUUUUCAUAAUUUAUUGAGCGACGAAAGGCCAUUUUCUUUGGAUAUUGAAGGCUACAGAUCACGGAUUCGGCCUGAGGCUAUUCUCCAACGAUGAUUGAGUCCAUUAAGGACCGAUUUGGGCGGAUUUAUUCCAGGUCAAUUUUUGGCAGAUUCCAAAGGGGUACCAUCACAGAUUUCGGGCGAUUUAUCUGAAAUGCCAUUUUCUUUUCGAUUCUUGAGGCUACAGAUCACGGAAUCAGGCCGAGGCUAUUCACCACCGAUAAUGAAGUCUAUUGAUCCUAUUCUCCGCGGAUGAUAAGACUGUUAAGCAUCGAUUUGGGCUAAUUUAUUUUCGAAUGGCAUUUUUCGUAAUUUCUUGGGCGACGAAAGGCCAUUUUCUUUUGAUAUUGAAGGCUACUGAUCACGGAUUCGGCCUGAGGCUAUUCUCCAACAAUGAUUGAGUCCAUUAAGCACCGAUUUGGGCGGAUUUAUUCCGGGAAAAUUUUUGGCAGAUUCAAAAGAUCACAGAUUUCGAGCGAUUUAUCUGAAAUACCAUUUUCUUUCGAUUCUGAAUGCUAGAGAUCGCGGAAUCAGGUCGAGGCUAUUCUCCACCAAUAAUGAAGUCUAUUGAUCCUAUUCUCCACGGAUGAUAAGUCCGUUAAGCAUCGAUUUGGGCCAAUUUAUUUUCGAAUGGCAAUUUCGUAAUUUCUUGGGCGACGAAAGCCCAUUUUCUUUUGAUAUUGAAGGCUACAGAUCACGGAUUCGGCCUGAGGCUAUUCUCCAACGAUGAUUGAGUCCAUUAAGCACCGAUUUGGGCGGAUUUAUUCCGGGUCAAUUUUUGGCAGAUUCCAAAGGGUGACCAUCACAGAUUUCGGGCGAUUUAUCCGAAAUGCCAUUUUCUUUUGAUUCUUGAGGCUACAGAUCACGAAAUCAUGCCGAGGCUAUUCUCCACCGAUAAUGAAGUCUAUUGAUCCUAUUCUCCACGGAUGAUAAGUCUGUUAAGCAUCGAUUUGCGCCCAUUUAUUUUCGAAUGGCAUUUUCGUAAUUUCUUGGGCGACGAAAGGCCAUUUUCUUUGGAUAUUGAAGGCUACAGAUCACGGAUUCGCCCUGAGGGUAUUCUCCAACGAUGAUUGAGUCCAUUAAGCACCGAUUUGGGAGGAUUUAUUUCGGGUUAAAUUUUGGCAGAUUUCAAAGGGGUACCAUCAAAGAUUUGAGGUGAUUUAUCCGAAAUGUCAUUUUCUAUCGAUUUUGGAGGCUACAUAUCACGGAAUCAGGCCGAGGCCAUUCUCCCCCGAUAAUGAAGUCUAUUGAUCUAUUCUCCACGGAUGAUAAGUCCGUUAAGCAUCGAUUUGGGCCAAUUUAUUUUCGAAUGGCAUUUUUGUAAUUUCUUGGGCGACGAAAGACCAUUUUCUUUUGAUAUUGAAGGCUACAGUUCACGGAUUCGGCCUGAGGCUAUUCUCCAACGAUGAUUGAGUCCAUUAAGCACCGAUUUGGGCGGAUUUAUUCCGGGAAAAUUUUUGGCAGAUUCCAAAGGGGUACCAUCACAUAUUUCGGGCUAUUUAUCCGAAAUGCCAUUUUCUUUCUAUUCUGGAGGCUACAGAUGACGGAAUCAGGCCGAGGCUAUUCUCCACCGAUAAUGAAGUCUAUUGAUCCUAUUCUCCACGGAUGAUAAGUUGGUUAAGCAUCGAUUUGGGCCAAUUUAUUUUUGAAUGGCAUUUUCGUAAUUUCUUAGGCGACAAAAGGCCAUUUUCUUUGGAUAUUGAAGGCUACUGAUCACGGAUUCGCCCUGAGGCUAUUCUCCAACGAUGAUUGAUUCCAUUAAGCACCGAUUUGGGCGGAUUUAUUCCGGGUUAAUUUUUGGCAGAUUCCAAAGGGGGUACCAACACAUAUUUCGGGCGAUUUAUCCGAAAUGCCAUUUUCUAUCGAUUCUGGAGGCUACAUAUCAUGGAAUCAGGCCGAGGCUAUUCUCCCCCUAUAAUGAAGUCCAUUGAUCCUAUUCUCCACGGAUGAUAAAUCCGUUAAGCAUCGAUUUGGGCCAAUUUAUUGUCGAAUGGCAUUUUUGUAAUUUCUUGGGCGACGAAAGGCCAUUUUCUUUUGAUAUUGAAGGCUACAGAUCACGGAUUCGGUCUGAGGCUAUUCUCCAACGAUGAUUGAGUCCAUUAAGGACCGAUUUGGGAGGAUUAGUUUCGGGUCAAUUUUUGGCAGAUUCCAAAGGAGUACCAUCACAGAUUUCGGGCGAUUUAUCCGAAAUGCCAUUUUCUUUUGAUUCUGGAGGCUACUGAUCACGAAAUCAGGCCGAGGCUAUUCUCCACAGAUAAUAAAGUCUAUUGAUCCUAUUCUCCACGGAUGAUAAGUCUGUUAAGCAUCGAUUUGGGACCAUUUAUUUUCGAAUAGCAUUUUCGUAAUUUCUUGGGCGACGAAUGGCCAUUUUCUUUGGAUAUUGAAGGCUACAGAUCACGGAUUCGGCCUGAGGGUAUUCUCCAACGAUGAUUGAGUCCAUUAAGCACCGAUUUGGGAGGAUUUAUUUCGGGUUUAUUUUUGGCAGAUUCCAAAGGGGUACCAUCACAGAUUUCGGGCGAUUUAUCCGAAAUGCCAUUUUCUUUCGAUUCUGGAGGCUACAGAUCACGGAAUCAGGCCGAGGCUAUUCUCCACCGAUAAUAAAGUCUAUUGAUCCUAUUCUCCACGGAUGAUAAGUCCGUUAAGCAUCGAUUUGGGCCCAUUUAUUUUCGAAUGGCAUUUUCGUAAUUUCUUGGGCGACGAAAGGCCAUUUUCUUUGGAUAUUGAAGGCUACAGAUCACGGUUUCGGUCUGAGGCUAUUCUGCAACGAUGUUUGAGUCCAUUAAGCACCGAUUUUGGAGGAUUUAUUUCGGGUCAAUUUUUGGCAGAUUCCAAAGGGGUACAAUCACAUAUUUCGGGCGAUUUAUCAGAAAUGCCAUUUUCUUUCGAUUCUGGAGGCUACGGAUCAUGGAAUCAGGCCGAGGCUAUUCUCCACCGAUAAUGAAGUCUAUUGAUCCUAUUCUCCACGGAUGAUACUUGCGUUAAGCAUCAAUUUGGGCCAAUUUAUUUUAGAAUGGCAUUUUUUAAUUUUUUGGGCGACGAAACGCCAUUUUCUUUGGAUAUUGAAGGCUACAGAUCACGGUUUCGGCCUGAGGCUAAUCUCCAACGAUGUUUGAGUCCAUUAAGCACCGAUUUGGGAGGAUUUAUUUUGGGUCAAUUUUUGGCAGAUUCCAAAGGGGUACCAUCACAUAUUUCGGGCGAUUUAUCAUAAAUGCCAUUUUUUUCGAUUCAGCAGGCUACAGAUCAUGGAAUCCGGCCGAGGCUAUUCUCCACCGAUAAUGAAGUCUAUUGAUUAUAUUCUUCAAGGAAGAUAAGUCCGUUAAGCAUCGAUUUGGGCCAAUUUAUUUUUGAAUGUCAUUUUCGUAAUUUCUUGAGCGACGAAAGGCCAUUUUCUUUGGAUAAUGAAGGCUACAGAUCACG